GCCCACCGUCACAGUCGGCGGCUGCGCGAGGUCAAGGUAUGGUUCUUCCCGGGGGUGGCCGAGAUACUCAAGGGGAUGCAGUACAUGGAGAAGCUCACCCUGAUCAUCGAAACGGAAGACGAGGGACCUGACGAGGAAACUGAGCUGGCGGCGGCCUUGAGCUCGUGGACGCACCCCCUGCGGCACCUGGAGAUCAGGGUGCUCCGCUGCAACGUGGCGGCCGUCGGCGGCGCCCUGGGGGCGGGCGCGCUCUGCGGCCUCACGCGGCUCUGCCUGGUGCUGGACGGCUCUUCGGACUCCGGCGACCUGAGCCUGACGGCCGUGCUGCGCGGGCUACCGAACCUGCGCUCGCUCGUGCUGCAGUGGUGGUUCGAGGGCCCGGCCACGUCGCUGGACCAGAUGCUGCGCGACGUCCAGCCUGAGAUGAUCCCCUCUCUUCGAGUGCUCUCCAUCACGACGGCGCUCGCCUUCUCCUCUCCUUCUGUCCCCUGCACGAUCCCCGCGGCCGGCUGCCUGGCGCUCCGCGCGCCCGUGAGCUCGCUCCACGUCCUGAGCUCGCCGUGUCCGCGGAGCCUGGCGGGCGUCGCGGACGAGGAGGAGUGGAGCCACCGCAGCCUGGACUGCGUGAUCGCCGCCACCCACCCCGCGGCCGAGUUCGAGACGUGCUCGCUGUGCUCUUGGGUCAUAUAUCACUGA